AGUGACUUAUGAGGAUGUGCAUGUGAACUUCACUCAAGAGGAGUGGGCUCUGCUGGAUCCUUUUCAGAAGAAGCUCUACAAAGAUGUCAUGUGGGAGACUUGCAGGAACCUCAGUGCUAUAGGCUUUAAUUGGGAAGCCCAAAAUAUUGAAGAAUAUUGUCAAAAUUCUAGAAGAUACAGAAGGCAUGAAAGGAGUCAGAGUGCAGAGAAACCCUCUGAAUAUACUCAAUGUGUUAAAGGAUUUGCAACAACAAGUCAUCUUAAAGUGCAUUAUAGAAUUCAUUCUGGAGAAAAACCCUAUAAAUGUAAUGAAUGUGAUAAAGCCUUUUCAAAACACUUUGCACUCCAAAAGCAUAUAAGAACACAUACUGGAGAGAAACCCUACAAAUGUAAUCAAUGUGAUAAAGCAUUUUCUGAAAAAGAUAGACUCCAAACACAUGUAAGAAUACAUACUGGAGAAAAACCCUACAAAUGUAAUGAAUGUGAUAAAGCGUUUUCUGAGAAACGUAGACUCCAAACACAUACUAGAAUACAUACUGGAGAAAAACCCUACAAAUGUAAUGAAUGUGAUAAAGCCUUUUCCCAAUACGGUCAUCUCCAAAGACAUAGAAGAAUACAUACUGGAGAGAAACCCUUCAAAUGUAAUAAAUGUGAUAAUUCCUUUUCAAAACACGUUGCACUCCAAAUUCAUAGAAGAACACAUAUCGGAGAGAAACCCUACAAAUGUAAUCAAUGUGAUAAAGCCUUUUCCCAAUACAGUAAACUCCAGAUUCAUAGAAGAUCACAUACCGGAGAGAAACCCUUCAAAUGUAAUCAAUGUGAUAAAGCGUUUUCCCAAUUUGGUAAUCUCCACAUUCAUAUAAGAACACAUACUGGAGAGAAACCUUACAAAUGUAAUCAAUGUGACAAAGCCUUUUCACAACACAGUUGUUUUCAAAGUCAUAGAAGAAGACAUACAGGAGAUAAGCCCUACAAAUGCAAUCAAUGUGAUAAAGCCUUUUGUAUGAAGAGUAAUCUCCAAACACAUUUAAGAAUACAUACUGGAGAAAAACCCUACAAAUGUAAUCAAUGUGAUAAAGCCUUUUCUAUCAAAAGUAAUCUACAAGCACAUUUAAGAAUACAUACUGGAGAAAAACCCUACAAAUGCAAUCAAUGUGAUAAAGCCUUUUCUAUGAAAAGUAGUCUCCAAACACACUUAAGAAUACAUACUGGAGAAAAACCCUACAAAUGUAAUCAAUGUUAUAAAGCCUUUUCUAUGAAAAGUCAUCUCCAAACACAUUUAAGAAUACAUACUGGAGAAAAACCCUACAAAUGUAAUCAGUGUGAUAAAGCCUUUUCUAUAAAAAGUAGUCUCCAAGCACAUUUAAGAAUACAUACUUGAGAAAAACCCUACAAAUGUAAUCAAUGUGAUAAAGCCUUUUCCCAAUACGGUCAUCUCUAAUAUCAUAGAACACAGACUGGAGAGAAACCCUUCAAAUGUAAUGAAUGUGAUAAAGCCUUUUCAAAACACUUUCACUUCCAAAAUCAUAAAAGGACACUUUUUGUAGAAAAGCCUUACAAAUGUAAUCAAUGUAACAAAGACUCCCAACACAGUUGUCUUCAAAUUCAUAGAAGAAGACAUACAGGAGAUAAACCCUACAAAUGUAAUCAGUGUGACAAAGCCUUUUCCCAACCUCGUAACCUCCAAUCACACAGAAGAAUUCAUACUGGAGUGAAAUCUUACAAAUGUAAUGAAUGUGACAAAGCCUCCCACCAUUAUAAUCUACAAAUUAAUAAAAGAAGACAUACUAGAGAGAAGCCUUACAGGUAUAAUCAGUGUGUGAACGUCUUUUCAAAACANGGUCAUCUUCAAAUGAAUGAAAGAAUCCAUGCUGGAGAGACAAGCUACAAAGGAAAUGGAUGUGAGAAAGCCUUUUUACAAUGCCAUCAUUUCUGAAUGUAUAAAUGAACAUACUGAAGAGAAAGACUGUGAAUGUGGUCAUAGUGCUAAUCGUCAUGAGCAUAUUUGUAUUGGCAAGAAUCCUUCUGAGUAUAAGCAGUGUGGUAAAGCCUAUGCCAUGCAAAGUUAUCUCCUAAUGCAACAAGGAGCACAUUCUGGAGAGAGAGACAGACAGAGAGAUAGAGACCGUAUAAAUAUACCCAAUGUGCUAGACCUUUGCAUAUCACAGUUAUCUUUGAAUACCUGAAAGGGCCCAUAAUAUAUCUCAGAAUACAUAAAAGAAACAUUGGACAGAGAAACUCUGUGUGAAUAAUGUGGUAACACAGGGCUUACAGAGUUGUAAGAAACCUGGAAAAAUGAGGAAUGUGGUAAAGCUUGUGUUUGCAGCAGUCAUUUUUUUCUUGAGAAAAAUCCAUGCUGCAGGGUAUCCCUGUAAAUGAAGGCACUGUAGAAAAAUUUUGUACAUCACAUUAUCUGUAUGCGAGAGUAAAACCUUUAGCAUGUACUACAUUGGUUAAAAUUUGCAUGUCACAAAAAUCUUUUAGGACUUUACAGAACUCAAAAAUAAGACAAUCUAUGACUCUGAUGUACAUGGUUCCAUCUUUGGCCAACCCAGUUAUAUUAAUUUACAAAAUAUUAUUCAUUCCUGAGAAAACCUUUAGCAAAUGUCAACUAUCUGUCUGCUCAAGUAUGAUGAUGUCUCUAAUUUGUUUGUCCCUGGAAACUCAUAGGGACAAAAGCCCUGUGAGUUUCAUUGAUAAGGUAACUGGUUUAGAAUUCACAGUUCACUUUAAGUCCAUGAAAUAAUUCAUUCAGGUGUGAAGCACUGUUGGUGAGUAUAAGUACCUUUUUUGUUGUAAGCAAAUGUCUAAGGUGUUAUAGAAAAAUGAAAUCCAGAAGCAGGGUUUCCACCCCAGCUUUGGCCAUUUCAUUUCCAGGUAAUACACACACCACUUUUAUAUUUGUAGUAAACCUUAAUCAACAACAAAUACUGGCUGAUAUCUAUCCUCUAUGCUAUCACGCCUAUUCCCAGCCAGUAAUUUUGUCAUAUAAUAUUGCCUUAUUUCAUCUGGGCUAUACUUAACUCCACUUAGUCACCCCACAUGGCCAUUAUUUUAUUAUUGACCUAACCUAAGGCUGCUUUUUCUCUGUUUAUUAUUGUCUCCUCGUGGUUCUCCUCUGACCUCAGGUCCAGUAUCCCUAAACCCUGUCUAUGUCUUUUCUGCCCAGCUACUGUCCAGCUAUUGAUUGUUGUCAUCUUUAAUAACCAGUCAGAAGUAACUUGAGAGCAAGGUCAAACAGCUUCUCCUGGGUCGGUGUACAGAUCUUGUCUUCCAUGAAGCAAUCAGUUUUUACUUUCCUGCUUUUAACAUUACACUAUAUAGCAAGAGAUGAAACCCCAACAUGAAGGCAAUUUUUAGAAGCAUUUAAAUUUCACCAAAGUUCCAGAGGGAUAUAGGAUCACCAUGAUAUCGACAGGGCAACAAGUGUCAUUUGUGGUAGCUAAAGGAGGAGGUCAGAGCUCAUGUCCUCAACCUAUAGCCUUAAAGAGAGUGUUAGAGCCAGGCGUGGUGUCACAGACCUUUAAUCCCAGCGCUUGGAAGGCAGA